AUGGGGUCACCCACUGAGGAACAACUCCAACAACGUAAACGGGCUACUCCACAGCCUAAUCUGGCUGAGCUAUUAGUGGAUGAAUUUUCAUCAGGAGCAUCAAGUGCGUCUCGCGUUCAGAGGACUGCAUCCUCAGCACUGCGCUGGCUGCACAAGCACGGUGGCAGCACAACCAAAACGGACAUGGUUGCUAGAAUUUCUGCUGUUGGUGCCGGAGGCCUUCAUCAGAACAAUGCUGAGCGUGAUCUUCAUCGGCUUCUGCAAAGAGUGUCGCUGUCCCUUGCUGCAAAGCAUGAAACCGUUCAGGUUCGGAUGGUGAACCCGUCGACCCUGGAGAUUGGUUGGGAACCGUUGCCGGUGCUGUUUCCCGAUGCUUUGAUCGAGGCUUUUUGGGAAGCUGGUGAAGAUGUUUUCCGAUAUUGCCUUUUCGGCAUGAAGACCGAAGAUGAGAUACGUCAGAUUUGGAAGCACAUGAAGAAGCAUUGCCAGUGGGUUUCAACACACCCAGCGUCUGGUUGGAAGUGGCAGAGGAAGGUGGCAAGCCUUGGAAUGUAUGGAGACGAGAUCCAAUGCUACAGAAACAGUGAGUGUGGGGUGGUCAGUGUGACGGCCUGGACAUCAGAGUUUUGCACUGACAACAUUCCUCUUCUGAGAUACUACCCGAUCGCUAUUUGGUCAGAGCACUGCGAGUCCGAGUUUACGUAUGGAGACCUGGAACAACACUUGCUCCCACGAUGGCGCCGAUUGUCUGACACAUCCGAGACUUGGCCUUGGACGGAUGCUGGAUAUCUGAUGGCCUACACUUUCUGCCAGGGCGACCUGAAAUGGAUAAAUUCCCGCAUGGGUGGUUUACAUAACUAUAGGCGCAACGACUUUUGCAGCCGUUGUGAAUGUGUGAAGAAUGAUCCAAACCCAGCGUUGACCUUGCCGAACAUGGGUGAUGAUCCAGACACACACGCAGUUCGCACCUACUCUUCAGAGCAACUGCAAGCCUUUUCCCCGCUCCUGGGGCUCCCUGGAAUGUGCCUCAGCCGCGUGAUGCACGAUGACCAGAUUUGCCGUUCAGGAGCCGCUUUGAUUUACAUGGCUGAAGCGGGCUACUGGGGGCCAAUGAUGUACCGUGCUGGAAAGUACGAAGACCGUCUUGCGCCAGUACUUCGCCGAGCCCAUCGAGACUUUUUGUUUUUCAAGAAACUCGAAAAGCUUAGUUGCAGCCAGCCGCGCUUCACACCGGCCAGACUGAACCGAAAGCUCCAGACCAGCCCUUUAGCUUGUUUCCCUGCGCUGCAAUCGAAAGCUGUGGCGAGCAAAGUGAUCACUUGUUGGCUUAGCAAUAGAGCAGUUCAAUUUGCUCAACGUCCUGGUGCGACGAAAGCUGACCGUGUCAUGUCCAUUUGCUUGUAUUCAUACUUCAGGAUGAUUCAGAUCAUGGAUGGGGCGAACCACAUCAUGACUGAGAGUGAGGCGGCAGACUUCCAUGGGUGCACUAUGAGGCACUUGCGUGCUUACAUUUGGCUCCACCAACAUGGGAUGUCGAUGCAUGCUCCACGGCAGAUGCCUGGGAGAAGGUGCUGGCUGCUGCUGCCAAAGCUCCACCAUUUGUGGCACCUAGCUUUUGACACGCUGGAAACUUUGAUCAACCCCAAAAACAGUUUGCUCCUAUCUGCCGAGUCGUUUGUGGGUGAAAUUGGGCGAAUAGCCCGGGCAUGCCACAGGAGCACAGUGUCCAGGCGAACUUUGGAUAGAUGGGCUGCAAAGAUGGCCCUAAAGUUAGCAGAGCUUUCAAAGCAGUUGCGGGAGGAUGAAACCCAGGCAUGUUGA